UCUUUUUGUGCUUUCACUUCCUUUCUUUUCCUUAUAAAAGGAAUCUAGACCCCAUCCCACCCUGGCUUAUUAAUCCUAGAUACUAGUUACUCAAUAGUUAGCCUUUUAACACCUUCCUCUAGUCCCCUCAUCCAUUCCCUACCCAUAUCUAUAGCCUUGCUCUCUCUCUCUCUCUCUCUCUCUCUCUCUCUCUCACCAUGUCUCUAUUCUUUAUGAACCAAUUUUCUCCUAUCCCUCUGGCAGAGGGAGAUCAAGAUCAGAGCCACCUUACUCCGUUCACUCUAGCAAGUGCCCCUUCUUCAUGCUCAUGUCCCAUUCUCUUGAACACUUCACAAGAACGAGGAGGAAACAAUGGAGAUCAUCACCUUCUGCAGCAAGAGCCCAAGGAGCAUCUGUUCAUCAGUAAAUCAAGCGAUCGCCAGGUCACAUUUCCAACCGACUGCAACAAUAACAACAAUACCAACGAGGAAUUUUCUCAUGAUCGAUGCGUUAGUCAGGAAGAUCUGCAUGGCCCCAGUAACUGGAUGUCUUCCAAGAUGCGGUUUAUGAGGAAGAUGAUGAAUUCCGAUCAUGUCAGCAAACCAAGAAGAAACAUGCAAGCACUUCAAGAUCAAGUUCGGGCUAACCAAGACAGAAGCACAAGCAGCAGCAGCAGCAGCAGCAGCUAUUCUCCGAGUGGUAUCAUCAGAGUGUGCUCGGACUGCAACACCACAAAGACCCCUUUGUGGAGGAGUGGUCCUCGCGGUCCUAAGUCUCUUUGUAAUGCCUGUGGAAUAAGGCAAAGGAAGGCGCGACGAGCCAUGGAUACAGCAGCUGCAAGUGGAGGAAUAAUCCCUAGAGAAGCACCCAGUAAGAUGAGAAAAGAGAAGAACUCAGAUGUUGAUCGCACCUUACCAUUCAAGAAACGGUGCAAGAUCGCCACCACCGCCACUGCUACUCAAAAGAAUCUAUGUUUUGAUGAUGUUCUGAUAAGUUUAGGUAAUAGUUCGGCGGUCCACCGAGUCUUCCCACAGGAUGAGAGGGAUGCAGCGCUCCUGCUGAUGGCUCUAUCUUGGGGCAUCAUUUGCAGUUGAUCAUUGGCUUAUCUUCUUUUUGUUUUCUUCUUUUCCCAUCAAGUAAUUUUUCUUGCUCUAGUGGGAUCAGCGUGUACGUGCUUGUGGAAUAAGAAUAGGAUGCCGCAAAGACUGUAAGUUUAUGAAAAGCAAAAUUUUCCACCAA